AUGAAGCUCUCUUUUUCUCUCUCUUCAAACCCAUCCUCACUGCCCCAGCACCUCAAACGUUCGCAAACUCUCAAUAACCCCAAGGACCAAGAGGAUCUAACAACAACCUCGAAACAAUACAUCACUGAAUUUGAUUCCUUAGAAACCCUAAAAAUUUUGGAAUCCAAAAAGCUGAUUAUCCCCCCCAAAGCCAAUGAAUGGAGGCCUUGCAAGAAGACGAAGUACCUCGAUCUUCCGGCCCAAUCCAGCGGCCCAGAUAAUCUCCAGUUUGAACUGGACCCCACCUCUUCCAUAGAUCUCACCGAUUCUUCCAUCUCCUACGGCCUGAAUCUACGGCAGUCCAUUAACAAUGACGCAGUUGCGGAGCCGCAGCGGCCGGAGCCGAUAGAGAGCGUGAUGUUACAGAAAUUGAAAGAUGAUUUGCAGAGGCUGCCGGAGGAUAAGGGGUUCGAUGAAUUUACGGAUAUGCCCGUUGAAGGUUUUGGGAAAGCGUUGCUCAGUGGGUAUGGUUGGUACGAGGGUAGGGGCAUUGGGAGGAAUGCAAAAGAAGAUGUAAAAGUUGUUGAAUAUACCAGGAGGACUGCCAAAGAAGGCUUAGGGUUUGUUGGUGAAGUUCCCCAAAGAGAUAAUAAAAACACGAAACAAGAGAGAGAGCAAAGGGGCAAUAUUGGUAAGGAAAAGGAUAAAAGUGGGUUCUAUGUGGGGCAGGACGUUAGGGUAGUUGGUGGGAAGAAUAUGGGGCAAAAGGGUAGGAUUCUGGGGGUGAUGGGUGGUGGGGAUUCAAUUAUUUUAAAACUUUCCCGAAACGAGGAGGAAGUUAUGGUCCGUUUUCGCGAUCUUGCUGACUUGGGUUCUGUGGACGAACAAAAGUGUUCGAGGAAGUUGGGGGAGUGGAAGAUGAGAGAGUUAACGGACCAAAGGGGUAAAGAUAAAGAAUCAUCCUCUGGGAGGGGACAUAAGGAGAAGGAGGAUGAUUGGAGUAAGGGUAGGAAGAAGGAGAGUAAAAGGAGUCGAGAUGGUAGGAAUAGAGGUAAUUGUGAAGAAGAGGUGAGUGCAAGGAAUCCAGUUUCUUGGUUAACCAGUCACAUAAGAGUUAGAAUUAUCAGUAAGGAGUUAAAAGGAGGGAGAUUAUAUUUGAAGAAGGGUGAGAUUGUGGAUGUGGUAGGACGGGGGAUGUGUGAUGUAUCAAUGGAUGAGAGUAAUGAGUUGAUUCGAGGAGUGGGUCAGGAACAUCUUGAGACUGCACUUCCACGGCGAGGGGGACCAGUUCUAGUUUUAUAUGGUAGGCAUAAGGGUGUUUAUGGAACCCUAGUGGAGAGGAAUACUGAGAAUGAAACUGGUGUUGUUCGAGAUGCUGAUACUCACGAGUUGCUCAAUGUGCACCUUGAACAAAUUGCUGAGUUCAUUGGAGAUCCGAGCUACAUUGGAUAUUGAUGCUUCUGUGGUAGCCACAGCAUGAUACAUUUGUGAAUGUGGAUUGUUCUUUGAUUUCUAGUUGUAUUCGUUUCAGGUUGACAGAGCUAUGUUCUUUUGUGAGAAUAAGGGGGAAGCCGCAAAAAAUUGCAUGCUUGAAAAAUGUUAUUUGGAAGGGUCUACAAUGUUGAGAUUGAAAAAUGGAUGCUGGAGGCGAACUUCGUAAGAAACAAAGUUUAUUUCCCGGGGGACUAGAUUAACAUUGAGGAGUCGAGUGUUGUAGCAUUUGCAUUUUAGGUGUCAUAUCUGGAUAAGAGAUGUUUGACUCUUGAUUUUUUGGGGAUAUUUUGUGGUAUAUAUUCCUUUCUGUCGUUUAUUGAUGCCCCGCUUGUCUUAUUUUUGAACCUUUUGAAUGCUGAAGUACCGUAUAGGCUUUCUGUAUGGACUGUUACUCAUGGGAUGAUUAAUACUGG